AUGAAGAAUUAUGUUUUACCCUUAUCCUGUCCGACGUCCUCAGAUACCAUUGGACCAGCAAAUGGAAUGAAACUAUUGUUUGAUUAUGUAGUUCAAGCCGUCGUUGUUUUUCGCGGAGAGCCACCUCGCAUUUACCCUACAAAACCUACACCGCGCGUGUACCAGACGCGAAAAGCCUAUCUCUACCACCGCUACCUCCGACUUUUGCAGUCAAGCUCGGAUGGCCCUUUGCUCCUUCUCUAUCAUAACGACUUCGCCUUCAGUCGUUUAACUCAGCUUCGCAGCGACAUACGACAAGCAGCGGCUCGACAUGCCAAACCCACGCUCGCUGGUCCGAAUCCUGCUGCCGCGUCACAGGCACCGACGCUAGAGGUCAUCCGCACAUCCCUCUUUGGUGUGGCUCUGCGAGACUUUGAACCGCUUGACCAAAACUCAAUAAAAGAAGUCGCAAAACUGAUCAAGGGCCCGCUCGCCAUCCUCGCCUUUCCCUCCUUCGACCCACCUCAGAUCCAGGCCAUCCUGCGGGCGCUAGCGCGCUCGGUGCCGCCUCGCGUCCCAAAGACACCGCAACAGAUUGAACAAGAGCGCAAGCAAAGAGAAGCGUCAUUCGUGCCCGGACGCCGCCAAAAGCGCCAGCGCUCGACGGCCAAUCCGGAUCUCAAACUGCUCGGCGCGUUGAUCGAGGGGAAGGUGUUCACGGCGCCCGGGGUGCAGGAGGUAGCGAAGCUCUCGACACUGGAUACGCUGCGCGCGCAACUGGUGGGCAUGCUGAGUGCGCCGGCGAUGCAGCUCGCUGCAGUGUUGAACGAGGCGAGCGGGGCGAAGUUGGCGAGGACGCUGGAGGGAUUCAAAAAGAGUCUGGAGGAAGAGGACACCGGAGGGAAGGAAGAGCAGUCUGCUGCUCAGUGA